CUUAUUAGCUUGCUAAAAGUGUCAUAGAAGAAGUGAGUCAGGAGGUGGGUUGAGUUAGCUUUAGCCCAUUGAAUCACUCACUACUGUAGUUUAUAACAACGUUAAUUAAGACGUUACAAAGCUGUCUGGCUAAACCGGUAAUGUUAGGUUCGAAGCUGUCCCUGUUAUUACGCAAAGUGCCAGUUUAUUUGUUUAAAAGCUAACUAGCAUAGAGAGCUAACUUGACAACGCUCGCGCGGAUUUACUUGCUUCUAAAUCUUUUCAGCCAGUAGCUCGUCGGUUGUCACUGUUACUGUGUCGGGUUGUUUCUCAACAGGAACCUAUAACGUUACAAUCUGUCAUCAUCUGGGAAUAUCACGUUAAAUCCCUGAAAUCAACAUGAGUGAUCCGUGGCAGGAGUGUAUGGAUCACUGUGUGGAAGUCACCAAAAAGGCUGGGAAGAUGAUCCGUGAGGCGCUCACGAAGGACAUCGCCGUCAUGCAGAAGAGCUCGCCGGUUGACCUGGUGACCGAGACGGACCAGAGAGUGGAACGGCUCAUUAUAGCCUCCAUCAAGGAGAAGUACCCCUCUCACAGCUUCAUAGGGGAGGAGUCGGUAGCAGCAGGUGCUCCCAGUGUUCUGACGGACGAUCCCACCUGGAUCAUCGACCCCAUUGAUGGCACCACCAACUUUGUUCACAGGUUCCCUUUUGUGUGCGUAUCAAUCGGCUUCACUGUGAAGAAAGAGAUAGAGUUCGGGAUCGUCUACAGCUGCAUCGAGGACAAAAUGUACACGGCGCGGAAAGGGAAGGGGGCAUUCUGCAACGGAGACCCCAUCAAAGUGUCUGGACAGGAAGAUAUUAGCCAAUCCAUGGUACUGACGGAAAUGAACUUCCACAAGGAUCCCGAGCGUUUCAAAACAAUGUUGGCCAACGUGAAGACAAUCCUCACCAUCCCCGUGCACGGCGUCCGCUCCCCGGGCAGCGCAGCUGUCAACAUGUGUCUGGUGGCGUGCGGCUCGGCCGACGCUUACUACCACAUGGGCAUCCACUGCUGGGACAUGGCUGGAGGGGCGGCGGUUGUUACCGAGGCCGGAGGAGUUGUCAUGGACAUUUCAGGUGGACCGUUUGAUCUGAUGUCUCGGAGGCUGAUCAUCGCCAGCAGCAGAGCGAUAGCGGAACGCAUCGCCAAAGAGAUAACAGAGUUCCACGUUGGGAGAGACGACACAGAUGGCUAGUAAACUUCCAUCGUCUCUUCUACCGACUGAACAGUUUUCUUUGUUUUUUUGUUAAUCACCCAACUGUUUUGUUUUUAACAAGUCACGAUUCCCUCUUUGCCUUAAGAACCAAAGCGAUAAACUUACCUCUGGAGAGAAAUCCUCUGAAGUGUGUUAGAUCUUCUUCUUUCUGCUUUCUUUUGUAAGUCAUUGUUGUGUUUCUGCAUUUAGCCUUUCACAGAUUUAGACUUUUUGUUCUUAUUUGGACUUUAACGAUAUGGUGUGUGGUGCAGGAAUUAUGCCUGUGUUUCCUAAUACACACUUGUCUUUGUAAAUGUGUUCAGGUUUUGACCAAUAUUAUUGCUUUUUCAUGUAGGAUUUUAUCUGAGUCAAUGUUAGCUUUGCUAAGUGGGGUUGUAUGUGUACUUGUAUGUGUUGUGUGAUGAUGAUUUUUGCACCCUAUGGCCCCGAUCACACUGAGACGCGUUGCAUCCAGGCGGCAACCUCCGGUUCUGCCGAGUGAAGCCAACGCGGAAGUGUCUUAAAACGUGCAUUCUCUCUACUGACCAGCAGGGGGCACGUCAGGCACCCCAUACCGUAAGAAAACAACGGCUUUUUGGGUGACGCAUUUCUAGCGACGCGUCUCUGUGCGAUGGGCCCACAUGUCUACCAGGGGUGCAGUUGAUGCUAAAUGAUGAUGGGACAAAUUAGCUGUCAGUGAGCUAAUGUUAGCUAUGUAUUAGCUAGUUACUGUAGCUAGCUAAGGCACCUGCAAACAUAAUACUGCUUUCUGAUGUAUCGUUAUCUACAUUCCACUGCAACAUGAGUUGUGCACAUUUGCACGAAAUGCUAGGUGCACACUGAGUGUCUGGAUCUCACGUCUUGUUACACUGUGCAUAGUGCAUCCAACCUGCCUUGUUUUCUGUUUGCUAGCAGAUGAGGUGACAUGGAGGCACACUCACACAAUACAAAGACAAUGGAGAGCGAUUCAUUGUUUUCCCCUCCGGUGUGGGCUGGACUAAGUUUGGAUUUGAAUACAUAAGGAACAGCACUGGGAAACUACUGAAUGAUAUACAAAGCUAAAAAAAAAUAAACGCAUACAUAUAUAUAUUUAUGUAAAUUUAUUUCAGGGCCAUCACUAGUUUGCAUAGUUGAUCCAAGAAUAUCAAAAACAGUCUGCAUGUAAUUACUUUCAUUUAUAACUUCAAGUCCAGACUGAAAUGCUGGUUGUAAUGAAGGGAGGGAAUAAAGAGCACUAUAAAUACCUCCUGCCAUGCCCGGCCUCUUUCUGACACGCGACAGAUGGAUAAAUGCAUGUCAUUAAAGCCGUGCAGAGACAGGUGUCAGCAUGCAUCCACAUGUCGGCUAUACUCGUAAAAAUGAAGACUUCCAUUGGCAGAAGAAGUAAAACCUGAGUGCGAAAGUUUGUGCAGAGAAAUGCUGAAUAUCUUCGACUAAAAGUGGGAGUUUGCUGUCAAUUGAAAAUUUGUAAAUAUACCACUCCCAACAGAAAAAAGAGAAGGAAAACAUUCGUAAUAAAAUCUGCCAAGACUGCUCCCAUGCUGCAAUCCACCGUGACAAAACAAAAGCCUCUACACCAGCCCAUAUCUUCUGAAAUCUGAUAUCAUCUAGCGCUGCAUUGGAGAAUGGAAAAUUCCUCUGUAUUGGCUCACCAGCAAGGCUCCUAAACACCCGACGCUCUGACAGUGGCCUGUAUCAGCCGUGUGUUCACAACAUAAAUACACGUCCUUAUUUGCUCUGACCUAGAAAACUGAUAAACUGUCUUUUCUCCUUUAUAAAAUCUAUAAAGUAGAAAAUAUGAAGAAAGAAAGUGUCUCUUGUGGCAAACAGAAAACCAAACGAAUAGAAAACAGACACUAAAAACCCAGUCUGACUGCUUCCGUGGUGAUUCAGUAGAGAGAUAAAAGCAUUUACAGCCAUCAUACCAUGUAAAAUUCUCU